CUUAGGGAAGUUCCAAAUGGCAUAACGCCUACAGCAAGUUUCAUUCAAAUCCGUCCAGUGAUACUCGACGAGUUGAACCAUGCGAGCAGACAGUUUUAUAUGAUUAGCCCUGCGUUCAUUGCACGCAUAGCUUAAAAAGAAUGCUUUCCAGUAGCGCUAGUGUGCAGUUAUGCACUUGCUGUUAUUCAACACCGCAUUGUGCAAUUCAUAGUAUUAGAAUACUUGUAGAUGAAUUGGAAAUUUCCAGGAAAUGUACUAUGCAAAAUGUGGAAAUACAACAGCGAGAGCAUUAUGAUUUGAAUCGUAAUGCCAUUCAAUCAACAAGAUCAACUAUAAAUUGUAAAAAUCAUACGCAUCACACAAAAACUGAACGAAUAGUUUAGAAGGCAUUCGUGGGUCGAACGUGUGGAAGAAAAUGGCAAAUGUCCUAAGUAAUGUAUCUAAUUUAAGACGAGUACUCGUUGGUUUUAGAGCCCACGAUACAUAUGACAAACCACAGGUGGCUGAUUUCUUAACAUGCUUAGUUCAUCAUUUCUCACCGAAUGAGAUAUCAACAACAAUAAAUUGCAAAAUUCAAGAUGAUAUGCUAGUGUUGUACAAUCCAAAUCAAAGGAACAAGUUCACUGAUAAAUGUAAACAAAAUACAGGAGCACUAAGUGGAACUGAACUGGAAUCUGUAACACUUUAUCAUUCACCAGAAUGCCCACUUUGGAAAUUACAUGAAUAUAGCACACCUGUAACACCACAAAACAGGGGGAUACAUGUUGGAGUUGCAGUUCUUGUGGAGUCAUCUGAUUCACAUGUCCUGAUGACACAACGCUGUGAUCACAUGCGUUCAUUUCCUAGAGCUUGGGUACCACCUGGGGGACAUCUAGAAGUGGGAGAAUCAAUCAUGAAUGGUGCAUUAAGAGAACUAGAAGAGGAGGCAGGACUUGUGUUGGAUCCUAGAGACACCAACACUCGUUUGCUUUGUCUCUGGGAGUCUGCUUUUCCACCUCUGAUAGCGUUGGGCGAGCCUAAGAAUCAUCAUGUUGUCCUUUACUUCCAUUCAAAAUCCUCAGAAACUUGGAAGCAAUUACAAGCCAAAAUAAAAUUAGACUCUAAGGAGGUGCAAGCUUGUACAUGGCUGUCACGAGAUAAUGUACAAUCGAUAAGAUCAGGCCAGAAUGACGGUGAAAAAAUACAUCAGUUUGUUGUUGGAGAAUAUGGGGAGAUCCACCCUGCAGAACUGAACAUCCACAGAAUGUUCCACAUGGACCUCUGGCGGGAUGGAGAGAUUUACACAGGGUCACAAUUGGCACUUGUGAAGUGGUUGGAAUGCUGGACAGAACCUCCAAGUGGAACAAUUUUGAGCAAGAUGUAAACCAUCGUGGAUGAAGCUAUUUGUUAUAAUUUGGUUUUGGAGGUCAUUCUGAACAUAGUUGAGGUUUUAGAGAACUUUCUACAGAUGCAUAUUUAAUUUCAUAUUUGGCUGGAAGUAUGAAGUAAAAAAACAUGCCAUGUCAGUACUGUACAGUUUCUCAGUCACACAUGCUCCAAAGAGUAACAGUUUUAGUUCUUCUGUGUUACUGUUGAAAUGUGAAUGACUUGUGCAUAAUGAUGGUUUUGCAAAGCACAAAUAUGCUUGGAAGCAAAGAACAACAAUAAUCUGAAGCUUUCAUGGCAAGUAAGUAUAAUAAAUUAUUCUCAAGUUACCAGCUGUCAGGUAGUUGGAGAAAACACUAUUCUUUCUCCAUUCAACCACCUGACACAGACACGGUUGGUAGCCAGAGAAUAAUUCAUUACAAAGAACAACAAAUUGUUCCGAGUAUGCUUAAUUAGUCUGAAAUUAAAAAUCCAAAGAAAAAAAUUAGUGAAGUGGGAGUGAAAUUGCUCAGGCUACCAAAUUUUAAGAAUUUCAGGUAAAAAAAGAUGUUUCUGAAAUAAAAUAUAUUUAUACUUAUUCUUGUACAAGAAAAUCUACUGUCUUAUAUGAUAAAACGAUUAGAGAGGCUAAUUUCAAUAUGUGACUGUGCUGUACCUGUGUUUAUCUUGUAAUUUGUAAUGCACCUAAAUGGCCUGCAUUACCCUACUAAUAUUGCAAUGGUGCUGCCAAGAAAAAUUAUUUAAAAAGAAUGAACAGUCCGUAAGACUGAAGUAAUGUUUAAAGCUGAUAAGUACUUACAUCUCAUACUCAAAAGGAAUUUAAUCAACAAUUUCUGAAGUCUUAAUUUUACAACAAAAUAUUUCACAUUAGAAAAGAGUAACGUGUAGUUUUGUAAUUGACUGUAUUACACAUAUAAUUUAUAUCUUUAUAUAAUUGUUAAAAUAACCUAUAUGGGUCAGAACAGUUUCAAACAACAUAUUGGAUUUUGAGUGUUCUUCUGGUAACAUAAAUCAAAACCAGCCAUGUAUUUUAUUUGAAAGUGGCAUAAGAGGUAAGAUAUUAUAUAUAGAUAUUGUAAGGUUGUAAUUAAUUUCCUAUAUUGACUAUCAAAUAACAUGUACAGGCUAAGUCAACAUUAAACCUUCGAAUCAGUCGUGAUGAAAUAAAACUAUACAGAUAAAUCAAAUAAAACAGGAUUCCUAAAAUUUUGGUCUUAUAUAAAUAUUCCUUAUAACAAGAAUUUACUCCUCUUAAUGCCCAAAUAAUUUAAUGUCAAAUAUAGAAAAAUCAUAUGCAAUAAUAGGUAAAUUAACAAUUUUUGCAGUUACAUUGGAACAUAAUAAUUAUCACAUUUCACUUUUCUUUGAGGACAUCCGUGUUAAACUUUCAUUAUUGCCUAUUUCUAAUAACCAGUCUUGACAACCAGCAGACUACAACAUUAAGUACCUGGGAAUCUGAACUAUUAGAAACUUUACAAUAUGUUUACCUCACUCCCAGAAUUGUAGUCUUAUAUCUAGAUUUUCCAGAGAUCUUCACCUCUGAUCAGAUAUAUGAACUUUCUUGGCUGUAAAUGAGUGUGAAAAUCUUCUUUCUUAUAUGUAUGUCCUCACUUUUUCAACAUUCUAUUCUGACAACUCUUUCCAUAUUAUCAUUCUUAUAAUGUUGCAAAGAUUUGAAGACUGUGCUAGUUAAACUAAGACACCCUAUCUUGAAGUGGACAAGGAGAAAAGAGAGAUGAAUGUGAUACUUUUAAAAGCACAAAGAUAUAAAAAUAUUUUUACCAAAAUGUCAUGAUAAUUCAGUCACUUUUUAAUAAUUAGAUCACUAAUGAAGUAUUUAAAGAAUUAUUAAUGAAUUCAGACUUUAAACAUAGAAUGAAGCAAUGUGUACCAAACUGAAACUAUUAUUGGUUUUGGUGUACCAUUUAUAUGUUAUAAAUACAGUUCUAUACAAAAAUUAGCACUAAGAGUAUUCAUAAACAGAUGUUGGAAGAUUGUAUCAUAUAAUGGAAUAAAUCAUGGUUAACAAAAA